CUUUAUAUGUACAUUGCAUAGUAGCCAGCUAAGCAUCAACCCCUACAGCCCAAACUCGAAGAAUGGCUUCCACUGGCAAAACCUAUGACAAUAAUAAUGUUCAUAAUCAAAACCAAGUUGUUGUUGUGAUGAUACCUUUCCCAGCACAAGGCCACCUCAACCAGCUUCUCCAUCUCUCACGCCUAAUCAUAUCACACAACAUACCCGUCCACUACGUUGGAACAAAAUCACACAACCGCCAAGCCACACUUCGUGUUCAAGGUUGGGAACCAACCUCCAUUUCCAAACUCCAUUUCCAUGACUUUGAAGUCCCUCCUUUUCCUUCUCCUCCUCCAAACCCUAACCAACAAAGCAUGUUCCCAUCUCACAUAAUUCCUUCCUUUUACGCUUCCUCAAAUCUUCGUGAGCCUGUGGCAUCACUUCUUCGAUCCCUUUCGUGUCUGCACGAAAGGGUGGUAGUGAUCCACGACUCGCUAAUGUCGUCUGUGGCACAAGAUGCCUCGGACAUACCAAACGCAGAGAACUACACUUUUCAGAGUGUCUCUGCGUUUUGCUUUGCAUUGUACCUUGUGCUGGAUCUCAUGCAAAACAAUAAUCCGAAUAUUGAAAGUUUUGGUGUUCAUAUUACCGAAGCUGCUUCUUUAGAAGGAUGCUUCCCGGAAGAAAUAAUGGACUUCAUUACAGAACAAGUCAAAUUCUUUGCAUUGAGUAAUGGGUUCAUCCACAACACAAGCAGAGCCAUUGAAGGUCCUUAUAUGGAGAUGAUAGAACAGUUCCCUGGCAUCAACAAAAAUAUUAAGCAUUUUGCUCUGGGGCCAUUCAACCCUUUAUGCCCCAGCAAGAAAAGUUGCAAGGAAAAGGACAUCAUAAUUGAGUGGCUUGAUAAGCAAGAACCAAAUUCAGUUAUAUACAUCUCUUUUGGGACAACAACAUCAUUGACGGAGCAACAAAUCAAAGAGAUUGCAACUGGGUUGGAACAGAGCAAGAAGAAGUUCAUAUGGGUGCUGAGAGAUGCAGACAAAGGGGACAUUUUCGACGGCCAAGUCAGGAGAUACAUUCUCCCUGACGGAUUUGAAGAGAGAAUUGAAGGGAUGGGGUUGGUUAUAAGAGAUUGGGCUCCACAAUUGGAGAUUCUAAGGCACAAUUCAACUGGAGGAUUUAUGAGUCACUGUGGAUGGAACUCUUCCAUGGAGAGCAUAACAAUGGGGGUGCCAAUUGCGGCAUGGCCUAUGCACUCUGACCAACCAAGGAACAUGGUUUUGAUAACCCAAGUGUUGAAGAUUGGUUUGGUUGUUAAGGAUUGGGCCAAAAGGGAUGAGUUGGUUACUGCUUCCGAGGUUGAGAAUGCUGUGAGAACUUUGAUGGCAUCAAAGGAAGGUGAUGAGAUGAGAAAGACGGCAUUGAAGCUGAGAGAUGCCGUUCUUGAAUCCAUGGAUGAAGGUGGGGUUUCAAGACGGGAAAUGGAUUCCUUCAUUGCUCAUAUCUCCAGAUAACAUGAAUCUUUUUACCAUUUAAAUUUUCUAAAGCUUAUAUUUGUCAUCAUUUAACAUGUAAACUUAUAUCAAUUAUCUCUCAUAUUUCUAUGGCUAAGUUUUUUAGAAAUGGAUGAAACGUAUCUACAAUCUACUGUUAUGGAUAACAAU